AUGAAUCAUUUUAUUAUUUAUGCCUUAAUGUCGGCUCUAACGGCAACAGCAAAUCCGGAAAUGGAAGAUUUAUGGAGGGAAUUUAAGAAAGAACAUAACAGAAUCUAUAAUUCUGUUGAAGAAGAAGCCGAACGUUUCAACAUUUUUCAAGUAAACAUCCGAACGAUCAGGGAACAAAACCAAAAAUACGAUACAGGAGAAUCGAGUUACUACAUGGGAAUCAACCAGUUCGCCGAUUUGACUCAAGAAGAAUUUGUAGCCAAAUAUAAAUCAAAAACCAAGGUACCGACUGGAAGCUACGUAAUAAACGAAUUCCAAUUGCCAUUGAAUGUACCAGAUCAAAAGAACUGGACCGCCGAGGAGGUGGUAACAGAAGUUAGAGAUCAGGAUAUUUGCGAUUGUGGUUACGCCAUUGCUUCGAUAGGAGCCGUUGAAAGCGCGUACGCAAUCAAACACAAGACUCUCAAGGUAUUAAGUGUGCAGCAAAUUGUUGAUUGUUCUUAUGGAGAAAUUUAUUACAAUUAUGGGUGCGAUGGAGGUAUCAUCAACGGUACUUACCGCUAUGCAAUGAAAUACGGUAUUAUCGAGGAGCAAUCGUAUCCUUUCACACACAAGGAUUUCAGUCCUUGCUUGUAUAACCAGUCAACUCCUAGUGUUACCCUCGAGACGUUCAAAGAAGUCUCAUCUGAUGAAGAAAUUCUAAAAAAUGUAGUAGGUACAAUUGGUCCGGUUGCAAUUACAGUUAAUUCCGAAUUGUGGGGUUUUUACGAAGGUGGUAUCUUCGAUAAAAACUGCACGAACAACGAUACUAACCACGUGGCGCUGAUUUCUGGUUACGGUACAGAAGAUGGUGUAGACUAUUGGUACUUAAGGAAUUCUUGGGGAACUAAAUGGGGUUUGAAUGGGUACAUAAAGAUCCGAAGAAAUCUCAAUAACGUUUUCUGCUUGAAUACUUAUGCAGCAUAUCCUGUAGUAAACUAA